UCCAAGGAUUGUUCUAAUUCCUCUCAUGCUCCAAUUUUCUAGUAGUUGCGAUUAGGUCGGAAAAUAUUGCAAUCGUGCUCCUUACUUUACCUCUUAGUUUAACUAUUAUGUUAGUAAAUGAAACGUAUUUACUGAUAGAUAGUACGUAUACUAGUCAUGGAUUCCAAUAUUCAAACUACCAAAAGUAACGCAUUUGCAAAAACCCUUUCACAUGAUAAGUUGAUAACGAUCAUGUGGGAAGCCUAUAAUCUUUUUGUUCAUAUCAGUUUAGGUCAAAAUUUAAACACGGGUUCUAAAGAUUUAUCACCGCAAAGAAAGCUUGAUCCAUUGGCGGUGGAAGAUCGAGUUCUAGUAGCCUUUUAAUAAAUUCGUUUGAAAAAAGAAGAAAAUAAAUUAAUAAUAUAUUAAAGGUACAUAUUUGAUGAUCUUAAUACUCUUGUUGAUUGUUUGUAGAGUUAAUGAUACUCUGCUGCAUUUUUUUUUAUUUCUAUUUGGUUUUACUAGUCUACUUCAUUUGCCAUAUCAUACUGCGCGUUUAUGCGUAUUGAAUUUUAGUUUACAAAGGUGCGUGAUCAUGUGCACAACUAAUCUAAAAUCCAAUGGGUCAUUCUAUAUUAAGUAAUGAUCCAAAGAUAAUAUAUCUACUAUUCUUCUUACCAAUGAGUCAAUGACUCAGGCCAUGUAUGUUGAAGUCUAGUUACUAAUCAAAACUUAAACUCUGUAUAAUUUAGCAAGUUAGCGUCUAAUAAAGAACAUAUAGUAUUAAACCAUUCCAUUAAACUACAUUGAUAAUUACAGGAACCAUGCAUGCAAUGUAUGACAAUCAUUAAUCAGAAAACAAGUUAAAUAGAUACAUGAAUGGAUUUUUUUUCCUUGUCAAGGAAAGUGACGUGAACUGCUAAUGUCUCUAAAACAGGCUUUCAUUUGAAGACACGCAGAGAAAAAGAGAAACAACACAAGUUUGGUUAAUCAUAUUAGAUUAAUUAUCCGAAGAAAGAAAAUAAAACUGCUGAGGGAAAAUUAAUUAAAUAGUGACCCUGAUGGUUUAUUAACACCAAGAGUCUUAGCUUGUAUGUUGCAUAUAUAAAUUAGGAAGAUGAGUGAGAAGUGGGAAAUGAAAAGAGAUGAAAUGGGACAUCGAUGUUGUGGGAAGCACAAAGUGAAGAGAGGGCUUUGGUCUCCAGAGGAAGACGCCAAGCUUCUUCGUUAUAUCACCACUCAUGGUCAUCCUAGUUGGAGUUCUGUUCCCAAGCUUGCCGGAUUACAGAGAUGUGGGAAGAGUUGUAGAUUAAGGUGGAUAAACUACUUGAGGCCUGAUCUGAAGAGAGGAUCCUUUACAGCUGAGGAAGAGCAGACUAUCAUUGAUGUUCAUCGUAUUCUUGGUAACAAAUGGGCUCAAAUUGCUAAGCACUUACCAGGACGCACUGAUAAUGAAGUGAAGAACUUUUGGAACUCAUGCAUUAAGAAGAAGCUUCUUUCUCAAGGCUUAGAUCCUUCCACUCAUAACCUCAUGCCUUCACACAAAAGAUCUGCUUCUUCUUCUAGUAAUACUACACCUAAGCCAAGCAAGACGAAGUCCAUCAUGACAAACCCUACUUUUGAUCAAUCAACCACAACUUUCUCAAUCACAAACGUCAAUCCUUACACUUCCAAUAAACCAAACAAAGUUAAAUCUCCUGACCAGACUACAAUCCCCUCCCAAACCGUGAUCCCUAUCGACCAUACCAUGUCAAGUCUUUUAAAUGAUGAAAAUAUGAUUCCUAACUGGUCAAAUGUUGAUGGAAUGGCACCAAUCCACGAAGAAGCUCCCAUGUUUUCAAGUGAAAAGGCAGUGAUGGGUGUUGAAGAUGAUGAUCUCAACAUGGACAUUUUGUUUAAUACGCCUUCUUCUUCUACAUUUGAUCCUGAUUUUGGCUCCAUGUUUUCUUCAGCAAUGUCUAUGGAUUUCAAUCCCAUGGAUGAUCUUGGCUGGACCUUUUAGUUUUACUUUACAAUUUUUUUUUUAAUUUUCUAAAAUUUAUAUAAUUUGUACGAAUAAGUUCCACUUGUUGUUGUUACUAGUUUUGAAAGCUGAAAGAGAUUUUACCAAAAUCAGUUGUCAUUUUCUCACUACUUUCGUAUAGGUUAUUGCUUUCUAUUACAUAAAGUUGGGCUUGUUAACUCCAAUUUUAUCUAUUUACAUAAAGGCCCAUAUAAUGAUGGGCCGGAUUAGUAGGGCUCUAAGGUUGUACAUGGGGAAGAAAAGUGCCAAAUCCAUACCACUAAACAGUGUGACCUAAUAGACUCAAUUAUAUAUUGCAUUCAUAUGAUUGAUUUUUUUUUUGGUCAAAACAUUCAUAUGAUUCAUAUAUACGUUUAUUUUUCUGUUCUUCAAGAUUCAAUUAUACGUAUUCCCCAAUGAUUUUGAUCGUGUGGAAAUAAUUAUGCCAAGUGCUGAUGAAACUUCGUGCGAAGCGCGAAGGCAAAGAGGCAACGUGCAACAUCGUCACAUGUUCUCUCACCUGUAACCACAUUCUUCUAAUUUGUUUGUAGGCUUAUAGUUGUAAGUUGUACAUGAACUAGCAUAAGCGUUGAGAAAGUCAAUUGUGUUAUUCUGAAGAAUGAUUCA